CGGUCACUCUAGACUUCAGUUUCAGCCCGUUAGGUCGAAAGCGCAGAGCAAAAAAAAACACAACCACAGCGAAGACGCACACACACAUACGUCGCAUCGAUAUUUCCUUCGAGAAGAAAAGCGAACCGAACGCUGCGUUUCCUAGCCAAUUACCUGUUAACCACAAUCAUGAAGUUCCAAUACAAGGAGGAGCACGCCUUCGAGAAGCGUCGCGCCGAGGGCGACAAGAUCCGUCGCAAAUAUCCAGACCGUGUGCCCGUGAUCGUCGAGAAGGCUCCCAAGGCGCGCAUCGGUGACUUGGACAAGAAGAAGUACCUGGUGCCUUCCGACCUGACCGUCGGUCAGUUCUACUUCCUCAUUCGCAAGCGCAUCCACCUGCGUCCCGAGGAUGCCCUCUUCUUCUUUGUGAACAACGUCAUUCCACCAACAUCGGCAACCAUGGGCUCCCUGUACCAGGAAUUUCGCUUAAAGGAACACCACGAGGAGGACUACUUCCUGUACAUUGCCUACUCCGAUGAGAACGUCUACGGCAUGGCCAGGGUCAACUAACUCUGCUCCCGUUGGCGGCGGCGGAAAACAACCCCCUAUAAAGAAAUCUAUAUAUAAAUAAAAUAUAUUUUGUGUUUAGCAUGCAAGCUUAAAAUACGGACGCGAGUUAGCUAAACGAAUUGAGGAAAACCGCAGGAAAUGCCACGCGAGAAAAGAACUUGAAAGCGAUCUGAACCAGGGCAACAAAAAAAUCCACAAAACAGAAAACUACAAAAAGAAUUGUUAUGUGAACAUUAUUUUAUAUAUAUACAUUUUCUAAACGCGUUAGUAUUUGAAUUAAACCUCUGCUUUGUCCUACCAUUAACCCCCGAAAAAACAGAUCUAUUCACACCCCUUCGGCCCAUCUAAUUUCCAUUUGCUGUACUUGAUCCGUGCGAUUGCGACUGCGAUUGCAAUUGCACUUGUACCUUACUUUGUUCGCUUAUUUCAAUGAUUUCACCCUUUUUUUUACAAUACAACAAGAUGUUGUGCAUAUUUAGUGUGUAUGGUUACGAAUAGGACUCUCUCGGUUAAGUGUACGGUAAUUAAUCUAUUAUUAAAUAAACAAAAACCACAAAAAUACACAA